GGAUGUGGAAGACAUUCUGGUUCCCUCCCCUUCGGGCUGCGGGCUUUCGCUUUCACUUCCUCUGCGCGAGCGGCAGCUCUCCGGGUGCUGGCCGUCAUGGCGCUGCUGGAGGUGUGCGGAGCCCCCCGAGCGCGGCCCGACGCCUGGGCUCUCCCCCUCGCGGGAGGCCGGCCCGGCUCGGACCCGGGACACUACAGUUUCUCCUCGCGAUCUCCGGAGCUCGCCCUCCCGCGGGGAAUGCAGCCCCCCGAGUUCCUCCAGGCCCUGCGCGGGGACCCGGAGAGCAGAGUUCAGAUCGAGAUGGCCCAUGGCACCACCACCCUGGCCUUCAAGUUCCAGCACGGAGUGAUCGUGGCCGUGGAUUCUCGGGCCUCGGCUGGGAAUUACAUCGACACCUUAAGGGUGAACAAGGUGAUUGAGAUCAACCCUUACCUGCUUGGCACCAUGUCCGGCUGUGCGGCGGACUGUCAGUACUGGGAGCGUCUGCUGGCCAAGGAGUGCAGACUGUACUACCUGCGGAAUGGGGAGCGCAUCUCAGUGUCAGCAGCCUCCAAACUGCUCUCCAACAUGAUGUGCCAGUACCGGGGCAUGGGCCUGUCCAUGGGCAGCAUGAUCUGCGGCUGGGACAAGAAGGGCCCUGGACUCUACUAUGUGAAUGAAAAUGGGACCCGGCUCUCAGGAAGCAUGUUCUCCACGGGCAGCGGGAACUCCUACGCCUACGGGGUCAUGGACAGUGGCUACCGGCCGGAUCUCAGCCCGGAAGAGGCCUAUGACCUGGGCCGCAGGGCUAUUGUUCACGCCACCCACCGAGACAGCUAUUCUGGAGGCGUAGUCAAUAUGUACCACAUGAAGGAAGACGGCUGGGUGAAAGUGGAAAGCACAGACGUCAGCGAGCUGAUGCACCAGUACCGGGAGGCCAAGCAGUGACCGAGGCGGCUGGGCAGGCCCCUCUGGGAAAGCCCGCCACCUGGGGCCUGAGACAGCUCACCCUCCAGGAGAAAGAGGGCCUAGCCCCAGCCCAGGAGAGGGAGCCGGCGGCGGGGUGGGGCGGGCUGUCCUUUGUGUGUUCUCUGUGUCAAGGAG